AUUGAAUUGAGCAUGUGAAACUGAGCUGGCUAUUAGGAAAGCUAACAUCCCCUGCGACAAAGAAACAUGCUAGCCACAGCAGUUCUCGUCGUGUGAUGUGAUUUUGUUUUCUUUUUCCUUUCUGGUAAUCGAUUUCCUUUUCAUGGCUUGAAACUUAUCCCCUCGCUUUACUUCAGUCCCUUUUCUGUUACCUACCAUCAUCUUCCACGCUUUUAUGGUUGAACUGUGCCUUGAACAAGGCAAAACAGGAUCUUUUGUGCUUGCUUGUUCCUGCAUAAACCUAACUAAACCAUGAAAAUUUGGACAAGUUGGUGAAAAAUGGGAGUUUUGUUUAUAUAACUGAAACUGACUGGCUAGCCACGCCACCGGUCCCCUUUCCGUUUCUGAAAUCGCCCAAACUUUCCAUUUUACAACACGCUGAGACUUGAGAGUUUCAGAGAGACAGAGCAUUAACGCCAAUCUAAGCUCGGAUCUUCUUUGGCAGAUCCGAUGGUUUCAGGGAGAGGCAGCUGGUUACCAAUCUAUCUAAACCUUCAUAACUAGCCUUUUCUUGGGGUGAAUGUGAAUCCCCUCUGCUCACCAACAGGCUUGAUGGCUCAGGAGUCAGAGGAGUACUAUUAAAGUCUUUUAAUCCAAUGCAUUGGAGUUUUCUCUCUUUGGGUUUGAAUUAUUGCCCAUCUUCUUCGGACCCUCUGAAGAUUUGGAAUAGUCUCCACUGUGUCUCUCUAUUGCUCGUUCCUUGCUGUUUCUCUUCUCGUAUUUGCUUCUUCAUUUUCACUUGACAUUAAUACAUUAUUAUCAUUUCAACCGCAAGCUGGAGAUCUUGAGCUCUUUAUUCUGCUUAUACUGAUUUUUCUCCCUCUGUUCUCUCUGAGUUCUUGUUGUAUCUGCGUGCUUGCUUUAAAUGGCGAAUGCAUCGGGUUUCGUUUCUUCUUCUGUUCCAAGUGUUAGACUGAGAAAUAUCCCUUCUUUUGGUGUUUCGAGAUCUGGGUUCUGCCAAUUUGUGAGAAUUACCAAGAGGGUAGUUAGCUGCAGCGCUGUUGAAGGCGUUUCUUCUGCAGUUUCCCCUUCUGAAUCACGGAUUCCCAGGUUUAUAAAUAAAGGAUGCAAGUUGGUUGGAUGUGGCUCAGCUGUGCCAAAUCUUAUGAUUUCCAAUGAUGAUCUUGCAAAAAUUGUUGAAACUUCUGAUGAGUGGAUAUCUGUUCGCACAGGCAUUUGUAAUCGACGUGUUCUUUCAGGUGAAGAUGGAUUAACAGGCUUGGCUGUAGAAGCGGCAAAGAAAGCUCUUAAUAUGGCUGAAGUUGAUCCUGAUGAUGUGGACCUAAUUUUGAUGUGCUCAUCUACUCCAGAUGAUCUUUUUGGCAGUGCAACUCAGAUUCAAAGAGCACUAGGAUGUAAACGAAAUCCUUUGGCCUAUGACAUAACAGCUGCAUGUAGUGGGUUUGUAUUGGGUCUUGUCUCGGCUGCUUGCCACAUAAGAGGAGGUGGGUUUCAAAAUGUUCUGGUGAUUGGGGCUGAUGCUCUCUCUCGAUAUGUUGAUUGGACGGAUAGAGGAACCUGUAUUCUCUUUGGGGAUGCUGCUGGUGCUGUAUUGGUACAGGCCUGUGAUGGCAGUGAAGAUGGUUUGUUUAGUUUUGAUCUACACAGUGAUGGGGAAGGCCAAAAGUACUUAAAUGCUUUGGUCAAGGAUGAUGAAACUGAGCAUGUACUGGGUUCCAAUGGUUCAGUGGCAGGAUUCCCCCCAAGACGCUCCUCUUACUCUCACAUUCAAAUGAAUGGGAAGGAAGUCUUCCGUUUUACUGUUCGGUGUGUGCCACAGUCAAUUGAGUCUGCCCUGGAAAAAGCUGGUCUCAUGGCAUCUGACGUUGACUGGUUACUGCUUCAUCAGGCAAACCAAAGGAUCAUUGAUGCAGUUGCAACACGUUUAGGAGUCCCACCAGAACGAGUUUUAUCAAAUUUGGCAAAUUAUGGUAACACUAGUGCUGCAUCAAUUCCCUUGGCAUUGGAUGAGGCCAUUAGAAGCGGAAAGGUUCUGUCAGGUCAUACGAUUGCAGUUGCAGGUUUUGGGGCUGGUCUUACGUGGGGUUCUGCUAUUGUGAGGUGGGGGUGAGACAUCUUGUUACGUAAGUGGUGCAAGAAAAAACUGGCAAAUGAGAAGAGAAGAAAAUUUGCAUUGAAUGAUUGCUGAAAUUGUCAUUGACAUCGGCAUGCCAUCAACACCAAGUAUUUGGGAGAUGGGGAUGGUGAAACACCUCUCUGCCUCUCCCCUUUGUUCUUUUCGAUCUUGUAACUUUUUGUCAACCCCCAAUAAUUUAACUGUUUCAUCAACAUUUGAGGCUGUUUUUUAUGCAAGAUAGGGGAUGCUCCAUAGUCUGUAACUCUAUACUAUGGGCACAUCUGUGUCUGGGAGUCUCAGUGCAGCAUUACAGGCUAGUUUAA